AAGUGAUCUCUUGGCGACAAUCCCCACUUCAACGACUAUGAGGACGAGCCGUCGACAUAGAAAAGAAAGUCAGAGGGACUACUGCCCUGAUUAUCUCGGGGCCUCCAGGGCACCUAUCUGCGCCAUAGCUUCUAUUCCUGGCAACAGAGCUUCGUUUCGAGGACAUAUUCCCAGGUAGAACGAAGUGUUGACCUACUUACCUUCUCGGGUCGACGUACGCGUUCCUCGUCCGUCCAAUCAACAUGACAUCUUUUACCAAACCACCAAGCCCCGGGACGCAGUAUCCUUACGUCUUCACCUUUUUAUUUAGUGGCCAGCAUAUUGUCUGGAUACCACUGAAUUAUCAUCAUGGUCUGGCCUUGCCAAACUAUGCAAACGAAGAGUUGGGCCCCUCGAGAGUCUUCUGACCCCGAUACAUUGAAUGAAGCACUGUGAUCUCCUUCUAUAAAAACCUCACAUGACGAUUUGAACUCAAAGUUCAAGGUCCAAAGCCGUCCUAGCUUUCCUUAUGUCUUCUUCUUUCGUACUCCUCCUCCCCCUUUUCCUGCUCUUUCUAUAUUUUACUGGGCAUUAUUUCACAGGUAUUUCUAGUGCCGCCUCGUCUUUCCAUCAUCUGCUGUUUCUGACAUUUAUACUAUCAGAGGUACCAUGAUCUGAAGUUCACCGAGCGUUACUUUCCCCACGUUGCUCACCACGAUCCUCCUUUCUUAACAUUCAUGUAUCUCUUCAUGAUUCUUUCUACCAGGCCUAUAUCAUACAGC